GCGUGGAUCAAGUGACUGACAAUAAGCGGAUAUAGAAUAGAAUUGGCCAAGACUUGAGCCAUGGUCACAUGAAGCCUGAAGCUAGGCAAGCAUAGAUGAUUUGUGUCAGAUGUAGAUACUGGUCACUGCUGGACAUCACCAAGCUUGAACUUGACGCCAAUGUCUUCAGAUGCAUUUGCGGUGGACGUCCAAAUCCUCGACGACCGAGACUUGGUCCACGACUACACGAACAUGCCGUUCACGCCUGUUCAUUCCCUGCUCGGGGGAUCGCUUCUCUUUCUCGCUUCACAGCAGUAUAUGCUUCUAUUUGACAAGACCUUUGGCUGUUCUUCGAUCCUCGCACAAACAAUACUCCAUCCGGCUGCCGCAAUCGAGGGACUUCAGGCACCUGCAUUUGCAGGCAUGUUGCUCGCUUCCUAUCUCUACACCACUCAAGCUCGUUCGCUACUUCCUCCAGCCCUGUCACUUGUACCAGAGCAGAAGCUUGCCGGCGAUCUAGGGAAACAAGCACUCGCAGGUCUCCUCGUCGGUCUCGGGACGCGUCUAGCAAACGGGUGUACCUCUGGUCACAUGCUCAAUGGCCUCGCAAAGCUUUCCGUACGGAGCUUUGUGGCAACGUGUUGUUUCUUUGGCAGCGCUGUUGCAACUGUUGCGCUGUUCAAUACUGCGCCCGGUCCAGGUCGUGAUCUCUUGCAAGGUUCUUUCUUCACGGCUGCACCGAUCGCAGCGGAUACCGUCACACGUCUCUUAUAUCUCGUUGGCUUUGCAAUCAGCGUCAACGCUAGCUGCUUCUAUCUACGCAAAAUCCAACAACGUCGUGAUUCAAGCAAGCCAGCAUCGAGCACGUAUCGCUUCAUUGCUGCGUUCCUAGCAGGCGCUACAUUUGCAACAGGUCUCUUGAUGAGCGGUAUGUCUAUGCCUACCAAGACCUUGGGAUUCUUGAACGUGCUUCAAGCUUGGCGUGGUGUGCCUGGUGCAGAGUUUGACCCGUCACUCCUGAUGAUUGUGUUGGGUGGGCUUCUACCCAACUUGAUCAUGACGCAGCUCUAUACGAAAUCUCAAAGACCACUCAUGGCAACAGGCACGCAAGCACCAGCAUCUGGCAAAGGACAGGUCACGAAGAGGUUGGUGGGAGGGUCACUCUUAUUUGGCAUUGGCUGGGGCAUCUCUGGAAUCUGUCCUGGCCCUGCCAUUGUCAAUUUGGUGUCAAGUUGGCCCCUGUCCACUGACUUUGUUACUUUCUUUGCGAGUCUUGUGGUAGGUUCCAAGGUAGCAGAAUAUGUGUAAAGACGACAGAAAAUGAAUGAUAGGAUCAGUUGAUUGUGUUUCUAUGACGGUAAACGUCCUUUCUUCUAUGAUGAAAAUCCCUCAACUCAAAAG